ACCAUAUAACCGUGCUUAUACACCAUCAACCACUCAUAUCAAAGGUUAGAGAGAGAGCAACCAAAAAUAAACAAAGAGAGAAGAAUAUGGAGAGAGAGAUAGAAAUGAAGGUAUCAAAGUUUAAGAGAAUUUGUGUGUUUUGUGGUAGUAGCCCUGGUAACAAAACUAGCUAUAAGGAUGCUGCUAUUGAACUUGGAAAAGAAUUGGUGUCAAGAAAUAUUGACCUAGUUUAUGGAGGAGGCAGCAUUGGUUUGAUGGGGUUGAUUUCUCAAGCUGUUUAUGAUGGUGGUCGACAUGUAAUUGGAGUGAUUCCGAAAACACUAAUGCCAAGAGAGCUUACUGGUGAAACAGUAGGAGAAGUGAAAGCAGUAGCUGACAUGCAUCAAAGGAAAGCUGAAAUGUCUAGAAAUUCUGAUGCCUUUAUAGCAUUACCAGGUGGGUAUGGGACACUUGAGGAGCUCCUUGAGGUGAUAACAUGGGCUCAACUUGGCAUCCAUGAUAAACCGGUGGGAUUGCUGAAUGUUGAUGGAUACUACAAUUCCUUUUUGACUUUCAUUGACAAAGCUGUGGAGGAAGGAUUCAUUAGCCCCACAGCUCGCCAUAUAAUUGUGUCUGCCCCAACACCAAAAGAGCUUGUCAAAAAUAUGGAGGAGUAUUUCCCACAGCAUGAAAGAGUUGCCUCCAAGCUAAGCUGGGAAAAUGAACAGCUAGAUUAGAAAUCUAAGAUGAUUAGAUGGUAAUCGAUGGCAGUUUGUGUAGAGAAGAACAAUUGUUAGUCAAAAUGAGAGACAACUCAAUGAACUACUAUGGUAGAAGAUCACAAUUUCAUGGAGCCGAGAUUUUUGUGUGCUCUUACAUUUUCUUGUUAAUGUAAACUAUAGAUUUGGAAUCUGGCUAUGAAUGCUAACUUUAUGUUCAAUGUGAAUUCAAUUUUUUCUUUGCUA